UUUUUUUUUUCACAAGAUUUAUAAAUUAAUGAGAUUUGAUUAAUUCAUGGACAGUUACUUUCAAUCAACACUAGCAGCAAACAGUUUGCAGCAAAAUUUAAAUACUCGUGCUAAUAAUAAUAAUAAUGCACAGCCUGCUCGGACAGUGCCUCACUUUCCUCCAACAAAUAAAGAGUUUAGUGCAACUGAAUUACAUACUCCAGAUGGUAUUUAUUCACUGUUACAUGAAACAUUUUACGAAACAAUUGCUCCUCAGUUUGCAAUGGGUACUAGAGUUUCUAUUGCCAGCGCUAAAGAUUACCCCGCUGACUCUUCUGAAGACGAAGGCUUUUUUAGUAAUUCAUUAUUAUCAAUGACACCUAUUAAGAAAUCUGAUGCUCUUCCUAUACCAAAUGCUGCGUCCUCUUCUUCUCGAAGAGCGUUGCGUACCAUGUCAACUUCCUCUAGUAGUAUAGGUGCAAAUGCAAGUGCUGGAUUACAAGUUUUGACUUCACCGCAAAAACUGAUGACAACUUCUACCAGUGGAAAUCAUUUAAGUCCAUAUUUACCUUAUCCUUCACCUUCUUAUCCUUCAACACCUAAUCCUAUAGCUCCUCAACAAAUUGCUACAGGUUCCUAUAUGAUGAGUUCUUCUCAAGAUCUCGGUAUGUCUCAUAGUCCAGGUGACUUUUCACUACCUCCUUCUUUUAAUGCACAGCAACAACAACAACAACAACAUCAUCAUCACAAUAACAGCAGUAUAGGUUCACUUUCUUCAUUAUUUGGAAGAAGCUUGAAUAAUUCAAAUGGAAAGUUAUCCCAAUCUUCUUCUUCAAUUUCUCGUAGCAUGAAUACAAACACGACUAAACCUAAAAACCAUUUGUCCAAAACGAAUUCAACCUUUGUUUUAAGAUUUCUGAUUCAUGAAAACCUUCAAAAAUUAUUAGCCACAAAAGCAUUUGAAGAUGAUUUUUUAUUUUUUAAUAUUGGUUCUAGUUUCAUUUGGGUCGAUUCAAAGAGUAAACCAAAGGAACCUUUGUCUAGAAUUGUAUUUUCGAAAUCAUAUCCAACCUGUCAUGAUAUUAAUGAAACAACACGUUGUGAAGAUCACUUGGAUAUCAUUAUAGGGUUUUCAACAGGUGACAUCAUUUGGUAUGAUCCUCUCAGUUGUAAAUAUGUUCGGCUUAAUAAAGUAGGUUCAUUAGUCUCAUCACCUGUCACGAUGAUCAAAUGGAUUCCAGGCUCUGAACACUUGUUUAUUGCUAUUUUUAAAAAUGGAACAGCAUUAGUUAUGGAUAAAGAUCGUGAUGAUCAAACAUUUAAUGCUCCUGAGCCUUCUUCAUGGUCAGAGACUCAAUUUCAUCCUAUUCGACCUCAUCGAAGUAAUAAAUAUAAUCCUGUUUCAUUUUGGAGAAUCAGUAAACAAGGAUUGACAGACAUUGCAUUUUCACCCGAUGGAGUCUAUAUGGCACUUACAGGGAUGGAUGGUCAAUUACGAAUCAUUGAUUAUAGGAGUGAAAGGUUAAUUGAUGUAUUUUCAAGUUAUUAUGGUAAAUUAAACUGUGUUGAUUGGAGUCCAGAUGGACGUUAUAUAUUAACGGGUGGUGAGGAUGAUCUUGUCACUUUAUGGUCUUUUGUUGAAAAAAGACUUGUAGCUAGAUGCCAAGGUCAUAGGUCAUGGGUUACAGGAGUUGCCUUUGAUAAAUGGAGAUGCGACGAUCAAAAUUAUCGUUUUGGUAGUGUAGGCGAGGAUUGCAAUUUAAUUUUAUGGGAUUUUUCUUAUAGUGCAUUACAAAAGCCUAAACAUCCACGAAUAAUUGCAUCUUCUCCUCCAAAGCAUGUUAACAACUUGGUCAUAUCUGUUACACCUUCACCUUCCCCACAACAAACAGCGCCUGUUGAGCGUAAAAAAUCUCUCAAGAACCAUCGUCUUUUCCGUGGAUUCACAUCAUCUGAUACCAAUUCUUCUACUACAAAUAAUAAUCAAAAUGUUUCAACAAAUAACUCUACACCAAAUGGAUCUUUUAGUAGUCGGUUUAGAAAGAGGUCAUCGAGAUCAAAUAGCUUUUUCAGUCAUGAUUAUUCUGAUGAUGUCAUUAUGGAAGAUCAAAUUAAACAUUAUUUGCCUGUAUAUCAUCCACCUCUUAAAAAGAAUCAAUCUGCUAUUUUACAACCUACAACCAUAAAGGCAAUUCAUGCAGAUCCUUGUUUAUCACUUCAGUUUAGAGAACGUACAUUAGUGACUACAGAUAGAAGAGGUAGAAUUCGUAUUUGGGGCAGGCCCUAAAGGAAAACACACACACACACAAAAAUAGACACUGUAUUUGUAUAAUUAAAAUAAAAGAGAAGUCUUGAUUUUCAUUUAUAUCUUUCUUGUCCCUCUCUUCCCCCUCCCCUUUUAUAUAUAAUAUGAACAUUGUUAAAUAAAUAAAUGUAUGC